CCGAAGAAGAAUAUUCUAGAAGCUUUUAGGUUAUAAUGUCAAAAAUUAAAACAAAAUGAGAUCGUAGCAAAAUAAUUUUGAUAUUUUUUACGUCGAACAAUGAGUAAACACAUGUAUUCAACAGCGAAUCUGUCCGAUAAGGAACUUAAAGAGCAAGGAAACCGACUUUUCAAUCUAAGGAAGUAUGAAGAAGCUGUUAACUGUUACACGAAAGCUAUAAUAAAAAAUCCAAGUGUUGCCCAUUAUUUCACCAACAGAGCUCUUUGUUAUCUUAAAUUAUUAGAAUGGGAUCAAGCUUGCAUAGAUUGCCGAAGAGCGCUGGACAUGGAUUCGAAUUUGGUAAAAGCUCACUUCUUCCUUGGACAAGCAUUACUAGAAAGUGAUAACUAUGAUGAAGCAAUUAAACAUUUACAACGAGCAAAUGACUUAUCUAGAGAACAAAAAUUAAACUUUGGUGAUGAUAUUGCUUCUCAGUUAAGAGCAGCUAGAAAGAAAAGAUUUUCAUUACAAGAGGAAAAGCGCAUAGCACAAGAAAUAGAACUACAGUCAUAUUUAAAUAAAUUAGUAGAAAAGGACAGAGAAUCAAGGAUUCAAGAAAUAAAAGCAGAAGAGGGAGACAAUGAAAGUGCCAGAGAAAAGAUUGAACAUAUUCAGGAAUCAUGUGAUAAUUAUAUAAAUGAUCUUAACCAAUUAUUUGUUAAAGUUGAUGACAGAAGGAGAAAAAGGGAAGUUCCAGAUUAUCUGUGUGGUAAAAUUAGUUUUGAAAUUCUUCAAGAACCUGUUAUAACCCCUAGUGGUAUUACUUAUGAUAAGAAAGAUUUAGAGGAACACCUACAAAGAGUUGGUCACUUUGACCCUGUGACUAGAGUUAAAUUGACUCAAGAUCAAUUAAUACCCAAUUUUGCUAUGAAAGAAGUUGUGGAUGCUUUUUUAACUGAAAAUGAAUGGGCACUGGAUUAUUAACAGUUUUAAUUAUAUAUAAGGGUUUAGGCUCAGAAUAGUUCAGAAAUAUUAUUGAUAAAAUAUAAUAUAGCAUGAACAUACUUACUUAUUUUACUCUGUAAAACCAUUAUGAGCCCAUUAUCAAAUGAAGGACUUGACCAUUUAAUUGACAGAGGUACAAUAGAGUACCUAUCAUUAAUUAAGUACCCCUAAGAGUUCUUUUAUUUUGGAGAUUGUUGUUUUUUGUAUUCAAAUAAAUAUUCUAAUGUUUAGAUGUA